AUGCCACGUUUUAUUAAACUUUGUGUAUCAGGGGCUUCAAUGAGUUUAAACGAAAACUCAGUAUUAAACGGUAAAGAGUGUCAUGAAAAUCAUGAGGAGUAUCAAUACAUAAAUCACAUUAAAAAUAUAAUGAAAAAUGGUGUUGAAAUGAAAGAUAGAACUGGAGUAGGCACUUUGUCAAUUUUUGGCGCUCAAAUGAAAUGGUCUCUAAAAGAUGUUUUUCCUUUGCUGACGACCAAAAGAGUUUUUUGGAAAGGAAUUGUGGAGGAAUUGUUGUGGUUUUUGAGGGGCUCUACCAAUGCAUUAGAGUUAAAAGAAAAAGGAGUUUCAAUUUGGGAUGCUAACAGUUCUAGAGAAUUCUUAGAUUCUUUAGGAUUUUACGAUAGAGAAGAGGGAGAUUUAGGGCCUGUGUAUGGUUUUCAGUGGAGGCAUUUUGGAGCCAAGUAUAAAACAAUGCAUGACGAUUACACCAAUCAAGGUAUUGAUCAGCUUCAAAACAUUAUAGAUACAAUAAAAAAAAGGCCUUAUGAUAGAAGAAUGAUUAUGUCUGCUUGGAAUCCCGUCGAUAUUCCCAUCAUGGCUCUUCCUCCCUGUCAUUGUUUAGUCCAGUUUCAUGUAGCUAACGGUGAACUAAAUUCGCAAAUGUAUCAGAGGUCUGCCGACAUGGGACUUGGUGUACCAUUCAACAUAGCAAGUUAUUCACUACUGACUUAUAUGGUGGCACAUGUAACUAAUUUAAAACCUGGUGUAUUUGUACAUUCGAUGGGAGAUUCUCACAUAUACUUAAAUCAUUUAAAACCUUUAGAAGUGCAAAUUCAAAGAACUCCAAGACCAUUUCCAAAAUUAUCCAUUGUUAGACAAGUAUCAAACAUCAAUGAUUUUAAAUUUGAUGAUUUUAAAUUGGAAGGAUACAAUCCAUAUCCGAAAAUUCAAAUGGAAAUGGCUGUUUGA